CCACACAGAUAACACACACACUCACACACACACACCCCGACCACGAGUAACCAUGGCUCAGCAACCAGUCAGGCGCGGUCGCUGGGAAGACACACAAACACAGGUUAAUUGACAUCAGGUGCAGUGAUUCUGCCACUUACCUUCCCUGACUUCGACCUCCGGUCACAGACCGAUGCUUGACCACGACCCUGCUGCCACAUACCCCCACCACCUGACUCAGGCCGGGCAGCUGUCCGGCCUGCAGCCGACUCGCCCCCCCCCCUUUGACGGGAGAGGACGUCUGCCACAACCAUCUGCGCCCCCGGCCUGUGGAUCACCUUGAAGUUAAAUGGCUGGAGUGCCAGAUACGGAGGAGGAGCGACCUGACAGCAGGAGGUGUGGACUACCUGUCAAAUUGGGCGGGACGUUCACGCCUCCUGCACGCAACAUCAGCUGAUAAGGCACGUCACCACUCGACAUCUGGUGACUGUUUCUGAAGAAGGCAGGAGAUUCUCGCCGAAACUGUUAACAAGUCUUCCAGCAAAGCUCAUUAAUGGAGGCGUAGCAGGAAUGGUUGGAGUCACGUGUGUGUUCCCCAUUGAUUUGGCCAAAACAAGACUUCAGAAUCAACGCAGCAGCCAGCAAGUGUACAAAAACAUGAUGGACUGUCUGAUCAAGACGGUUCGGUCUGAGGGCUAUUUCGGCAUGUAUCGAGGAGCAGCAGUCAAUUUGACCCUGGUGACCCCUGAGAAGGCCAUUAAACUAGCCGCUAAUGAUUUUUUCCGUCAUCAACUCAGCAAAGGAGACUCCAGAUUGAGUGUGUUUAAAGAGAUGCUGGCAGGAUGUGGAGCAGGACUGUGUCAGGUGAUCGUAACCACACCCAUGGAGAUGCUCAAAAUUCAACUUCAGGAUGCAGGAAGGCUUGUGGCUCAGAGGAAUGUUGCUAUGAUCCCGGCUCUGAAGCUCGGAACAGGGGGCACGGUGAUAAACUGUGCCUACAGCUUCGGACCAACCGCACACAUCAGAAGACCCUCGGCCAUACAGAUCACACAGGAGUUACUGCGCACCCGCGGUGUUCAGGGACUUUAUAAAGGACUCGGUGCCACGCUAAUGAGGGAUAUUCCAUUUUCCGUUGUCUACUUCCCCCUGUUUGCUCACCUGAACCAGUUGGGAAAACCAUCAGAGGCUGAAAAUGCACCAUUUUAUUGGAACUUCGCUUCAGGCUGUGGUGCUGGAAGUAUAGCCGCGAUCGCAGUCAGUCCCUGCGAUGUGGUGAAGACGAGGCUGCAGUUGCUCAGUAAAGGUGCACACGAGGAAACGUACAGCGGGGUGAUGGACUGUAUCAGUAAGAUCAUCCAUAAAGAAGGCCCCGCUGCUCUGCUGAAGGGCGCCGGCUGCAGAGCGCUCGUCAUCGCUCCGUUAUUCGGCAUCGCGCAAGUCGUUUAUUUCAUCGGAGUUGGGGAAUUCGUCCUGGGACAGUUUCCUAAUUUCAGAAUCUAAAUGCCAUAAAUUCAGACACUGGAAUCACAUGAACAUUAAAGAUGAAAGUAUGAGGCAGCUACACUGCGACCAUGUGGAGUCACACAUGGGUGUGAGUUUUGAGAUUUUCUAUGGAAAUGCGAGCAUUGGCAUCUUACAGGUGGCUUUAUUAAGAAGCUGAGACAAUGUUCUUGUUUUUUUAAUAACAUUUAAAAAAAUAUCUCCAGGACCAGCCUUCGAUUUCCCUCAGUGAGGGAAGGGACGCCUUCGACAAUAAUCAGUAAUGCUUUCAAUCUGCUUUCAUCAACUUCCCCCUGAUGAAGUAUAUUUUCGUUGAACUCGACAAUUAUAUGUGUCUGGUAAAUUGGUUUAACUGUAAGUUGUGCUGCAACAUCUAUAGUGAUGUAGAUUUGAUUCCUCAUCUAAAGAACCUCACUUCCCAACCAAAGAGAAGUGGAGAAGGGAAGUUGAUGAAGGCGUAUUAAACACACUACUGAACCAAAGCCCCAUCGUCACCGUUUGUCUGAGACUUCAGAGGGAAAACCUUAUAUUUCAGUGCAUAGCCUUGGACACAGAUGCUUAAAGUGUGCUUACCAUGUGGAUCCCUUGAAAACAGAGGAUCCAAAAAGCUCAAAAUUUCAGAUGCUGCUUAGAAAAAAAAAUAUAUUGACUUGGUAUUUGCAGAAUUCAGGAUUGCAAUUUUGCUAUCCUUUCAGACCAAGUCAGGAAAAAGGUUUAAAGAUGAUUCAUAUAAAGGUUCCCAAGUGGCGCAAUAGAAAAGCUUCGCCUUAUCAUCAUGAUAUCUUGAGUUUCAAUCCAGAUGAUGCAACAGCCAUCCAUGGCUGGGAGCCAAGGGAGCAACAUUGGCUGCAUUGUCUGUGUGGGAGGGAGAGAUGGCUUACUCUCUCUCACCUCUUAAUCACAGCGACAAGAGCUGUAUGUGGACAUUGGUGAGCUUGUGUAUGCAGAAGAGGGCAGAUAGCGCUUUCCUCUGAGUGUGUUACACUGCCCUGUGAUGCAUCAUGAGCAGCUGUUCCAAAAAAAAGAUGCAGUUCACAUUAGCCUUCACCCUUCCCAGUUGAGAGUUGGGGUAUGAUAGGGGAGAGCUGGUUGGUGGAUGGGAAUUGGCAGGUGAACAAAUUGGGGAGAAAAUGAGGGAAAAUCCUGCAUAUACAUAACUCAUUAAAACAUGUAUUCAGAUAUUUUCUCUAACAUUAGAUCAGAAGUACAGUCGGGUCAAAAAGUCUGAAUGAACCCAUAUCAUAUUUGAUAUCCAUAUCAGAGCCCUAGAUUGACAGCCAAGUGUGCACUACAGACACCCCUGUGUAUUCAGAGCUUGUUUUCUUUUCCUAUGUAACAGAACAGAAUUUUUAUGUGUGUGUGUGUGUGUAUGUGUGUGUGUGUAAUACCGAAUUCUGAAUAGAAUGUUAAUUUUAUCAUAGUUUUUUAUUUGCGUAAAUAUAAAUAAUAACCCAAAUUUAUGCCAUAUGAGUCCAUAAUACACUGUGACCUGUA